UUGCAGCCGCUCGGGGAGCCGCUCACCUUUCGGGAGCAGGGCCAGCACCUCGGAGCCGGGGCAGGGACCCCGACCGGGCGCGGGGCGCAGCGCCCAUCCCCGGGGCCCCAGGACGCGCGGACCUGCUGCCUGGUCCGGGCCGAUCAUGAAUAAGAUGAAGAACUUUAAGCGCCGCUUCUCCCUGUCCGUGCCCCGCACCGAGACCAUCGAGGAGUCCCUGACUGAGUUCGCAGAGCAGUUCAACCAGCUCCACAACCGGGACAGUGAGGAUCUGCAGCUUGGUCCUCUUGGCAGAGACGCCCAGCCAGAGUCCAGCACCUUCUCCCCCACCGACGGUGGGGAGGAGCCCAGGCCGCCGUCCCCGGGCAUGCGGUUCCGGCGGCAGAGCCAGCGCCGCUUCUCCAUGGAGGACAUCAGUAAGAGGCUCUCCCUGCCCGCGGACAUCCGCCUGCCCCAGGAAUUCCUGCAGAAGCUGCAGCUGGAGAGCCCGGAGCUGCCCAAACCGCUCAGCCGCAUGUCCCGCCGAGCAUCCCUGUCAGAUAUCGGCUUUGGGAAACUGGAAACAUAUGUGAAACUGGACAAACUGGGGGAGGGCACCUACGCCACGGUCUUCAAAGGGCGCAGCAAGCUGACGGAGAACCUGGUGGCCUUGAAGGAGAUCCGGCUGGAGCACGAGGAGGGGGCGCCCUGCACUGCCAUCCGAGAGGGUACAGCACCCCCGGGGCCUGAACUCCUGAGGGCUCCUGGGAGGAGUCUGGGGCUGCUCCGGGGCCUCGCCUACUGCCACCGCCGCAAGAUCCUGCACCGGGACCUGAAACCCCAGAACCUGCUCAUCAAUGAGCGGGGGGAGCUGAAGCUGGCGGACUUCGGACUGGCCCGGGCCAAGUCAGUGCCCACGAAGACCUACUCCAACGAGGUGGUGACCCUGUGGUACAGGCCCCCGGACGUGCUGCUGGGGUCCACGGAGUACUCCACCCCCAUUGACAUGUGGGGCGUGGGCUGCAUUCACUACGAGAUGGCCACGGGCAGGCCCCUCUUCCCCGGCUCCACGGUGAAGGAGGAGCUGCACCUCAUCUUUCGACUCCUCGGGACCCCAACAGAAGAGACGUGGCCCGGAGUGACGGGCCAGUCUGAGUUCCGUGCCUACAACUUCCCCCGGUACCUCCCCCAGCCGCUCAUCAGCCACGUUCCCAGGUUGGACUCCGAAGGCAUCAACCUCCUGACCAGCCUUCUCCUGUAUGAAUCGAAGAGCCGCAUAUCAGCAGAGGCAGCCCUGAACCACCCCUACUUCCGGUCUCUGGGGGAGCGUGUGCACCAGCUCCAAGACACUGCCUCCAUCUUCUCCCUGAAGGAGAUCCAGCUCCAGAAGGACCCAGGCGGCCGGGGACUGGCCUUCCAGCAGCCAGGACGAGGGAAGAGCCGGCGACAAAGCAUCUUCUGAGCUGCGCCCACCCCACUGCGGCCGGAGGGAGAGAGGGCACACUGAGCAGCUGCAGGCAGGGUGGCUUCUGCGGCCCUCGGAGGACGGAGGACGGAGGAUCGAGGGCGAGGCCGGCCCAGAAGACCUCUGGCAGCCCUGUUGGCCACGCUGGGUCCUGAC